AUGGCGCCCGUGGCCGAUGGACGGGGCUUCGCCAGCACUUGCUAUAGGCUCCAGGCAAGAACCGCGGAUACUGGGUUGUCCGGGGGUAUCUGUUUGCCCCUUCUGUGCCACUUGUCUUUAUGUUUCAGCCUGAACUCGUGUCAAGACGAGGACCUGGACCUCUACAGUCUACGCUUCUGCAAAGGGUUUAUAUUUUUCGAGCAGCAGUUUCCUAAAGAACCACAUAAUGAACCGCGAGUGAAGAAGGUGACUGCACGGACUGGACUGAACAUGAAGAGCCUCAAAGCCAAGUUUAAGAAAACUGAUACAAACGAGUGGAACAAAAACGACGAGCGCCUCCUCGCUGCUGUUGAGGUUGGAGAAGUAGACAAGGUGACAUCUCUGCUGGCAAAGAAAGGCACCAGUGCUGUCAAACUCGACAGUGAAGGCAAAUCGGCGUAA